CACAAAUCCACAUAAAUACGGGGUGGGUUGUGUUGGAGACGAUUUCUGGUGCAAAAUUGGAGGAAUUCUCCCACUGUUGGAGAUACCCUAAUCAAUGAGAAUUUUCCGCAAACUAGCUUCGUAAUUAUUCAACUGAAUCCCUCGCCAGUUCAAAUCUAUUCAAUUCCCAAAUUCCAAUCAAGCAGAAUCACUAACUAGGGUUUUAGAUUCGAUUCGAUUCGCUUUCCUUUCAAUCUUCUGUCUGUGAUGAAGCCGAUUAGGCUUCCGGAGCCUCCCGCGAGCCCGCAUCCGAUGGGCGGCGGAGGGCUGCCUGAUAUUUUUCAGGGUGAUGUUUACGGUGUCGUCCGCCGUGCCGUUGUGAUUGGCAACGGGUUUACGUCUUCGGAGAAUCAGAGCAUCGGGUUGGUUCAUGCGUUGGGUUUAUCUGAAAAUCAAACUCUCUACCGGGUCGCAAGACCAAGAGGAGGGAUCAAUGAGUGGUUACACUGGCUGCCAGUUUCUUUACAUAAGAAGUUGUACUAUAUUAUGAGUCUGAUGUGUGAUUAUUCACAACUUUUGAUUGGUAGAAGAGGGAAGAGAUUAAUUCAUUUGCCUAAGGAGAAUGGUGCUGGUGUAGGUUUGUCAUCAGUGUUGGAAGCUGAUGUAAAGAGUAUUGUAAGGAUGGCUAAAGAAAACUUUGAGAAGGAUGGUCCUCUACUUCUGGUUGCAUCUGGUAGAGAUACAAUUUCAACUGCAAGUUCUAUAAAGAGAUUAGCUUCUGACAAUGUGUUCGUUGUCCAGAUUCAGCAUCCAAGAUCUCAUUUGGAAAGGUUUGAUAUGGUGAUUACCCCCCAGCAUGAUUAUUUCCCAUUAACCUCUCGUGGGCAGGAGCAGAUUCCUCGCAUUUUCCGGAAAUGGAUAACACCUUAUGCUCCUCCUGAUGAGCGUGUUGUCCUCACAGUUGGAUCUCUUCAUAAUGUUGAUGCUGCUGCACUUCGUAGUGCAGCUAAUGCUUGGCAUGAUGAGUUUGCACCUUUGCCGAAGCCCUUGCUUGUAGUAAACAUUGGAGGGCCUACAAGGUACUGCAGAUACGGUGCAGACCUAGCAAAACAGCUGAUCACUUCUCUCCACAAUGUACUUACUAGCUGUGGAAGCGUGAGGAUAUCUUUCUCAAGGAGGACACCUGAAAAGGUUUCUAAAGUGAUAAUCAAAGAACUGGGAACUCAUCCCAAAAUAUACAUAUGGGAUGGUGAAGAACCCAAUCCUCACAUGGGCCAUCUGGCAUGGGCUGAUUCUUUUGUUAUCACUGCUGAUUCAGUGACUAUGCUGAGCGAAGCUUGCAGCACUGGGAAACCUGUUUAUGUUGUUGGAGGCGAACGCUGUAAGUGGAAGUUUGUGGAGUUCCACCAGAAAUUAAGGGAGAAGGGCCAGGUUCGACCAUUCACAGGUUUUGAGGAUAUGUCCGAAAGCUGGAGCUAUCCUCCGUUAAAUGAUACUGCAGAGGCAGCAAAUCGGGUUCGCAAAGCACUCAGCGAACGCGGAUGGGGACUACGGGCAUAGUAAAUUUAGUUUUCAUGCACUUUUCUGAUACCAUAAUUCGUUAGUUAUUCGUUUUCCAUACAAGCCAGUAAUGUUUUGUUACGGAAAUUUUGUAUAAUGAGAAAAGUGAGAGAGUUGCAUUAUUUCUUGAACUGACCCUGACCCCCAUUGGGAAUUUGGGAUCUCUCCCAUACGUGUAAAAUAAAAUGGUUUGUUCGUCUUGUAAAUUUUGAUGAGUUUUGGGUAUAAAAAGUAAAUGGAUUUUGUCA